CGGCGAAGACUGGCGCUCGAGCCUAGCUAUUUAGCACUGUAGUUGGAGGAAAUGCCAAUGCAGAACCCGUAGCUUCCGGGAAGGUAAGCCCAGCUCCCUGGGUUAGUGGGUUGGUGUCAGGCCCUGCGAGCCAGCCGUAAAAAAGACUAGCACCGGAAAAUCAACAAGAGAAGAAUGCGAACCGAUACCAAUGGCGACGACCACAGCGACGAAAAGGGACUUGCGAUUGGAAGCUCGGUACGUGGAACUGCAGAUCUCUCAACUUCAUCGGGAGCACCCGCAUACUCGCCGAUACACUGAAGGACCGCGGGUUCGGAAUCGUAGCGCUGCAGGAGGUGUGUUGGACAGGAUCUAUGGUGCGAACGUUUAGAGGUAAUCAUACCAUCUACCAGAGUUGCGGCAACACACGUGAGCUGGGAACAGCUUUUAUAGUGAUGGGCGACAUGCAGAGGCGCGUGAUCGGUUGGUGGCCGAUCGACGAAAGAAUGUGCAGGUUGAGAAUCAAGGGCCGAUUCUUCAACAUUAGCAUAAUAAACGUGCACAGCCCUCACUCCGGAAGCACUGAUGAUGACAAAGACGCAUUUUACGCGCAGCUCGAACGCGAGUACGACCGCUGCCCAAACCACGACGUCAAGAUCUAAACGCUCAGGUAGGCCAGGAGGAGGAAUUCAGACCGACGAUUGGAAAGUUCAGCGCCCACCAGCUGACGAACGAAAAUGGCCUACGCCUCAUCGAUUUCGCCGCCUCCAAGAACAUGGCCAUUCGUAGCACCUUCUUCCAGCUCAGCCUCCCGUAUCGUUACACCUGGAGAUCACCACAACAAACGGAAUCGCAAAUCGACCACGUUCUGAUUGAUGGACGGCACUUCUCCGACAUUAUCGACGUCAGGACCUAUCGUGGCGCUAAUAUCGACUCCGAUCACUAUCUGGUGAUGGUUAAACUGCGCCCAAAACUCUCCGUUAUUAACAACGUACAUUACCGGCGGCCGCCCCGGUACGAUCUAGAGCGACUGAAGCAACCGGAUGUCACCACCGCAUACGCGCAGAAUCUCGAGGCAGCGUUGCCGGACGAGGGUGUGCUCGAUGUGGCCCCUCUAGAGGACUGCUGGAGUACAGUGAAAGCAGCCAUCAACAACGCAGCCGAGAGCACAAUCGGGUACGUAGAACGGAGUCGACGAAACGAUUGGUUCGACGAGGAGUGCAGAGCGGUUCUGGAGGAGAAGGAUGCAGCGCGGGCGGUAAUGCUGCAGCAUGGAACCCGACAGAAUGUGGAGCGAUACAGACAGAAGCGGAAGCAGCAGACCCGUCUCUUCCGGGAGAAAAAGCGCCGCCUGGAAGAAGCGGAGUGCGAGGAAAAGGAACCGCUAUGCCGUUCACAGGAAACACGCAAGUUUUACCAGAAGCUCAACGCAUCCCGCAAAGGCUACGUGCCGCAAGCCGAAAUAUGCAGGGAUAAGGAAGGGAGCCUCCUGACGGACAAACGUGAGGUGAUCGAAAGGUGGAAGCAGCACUUCGACGAGCACCUGAAUGGCGAAGAGAAUGUAGGCACGGAGGACCAAGGCAGCGGAGGAAAUGACUAUGUUGGUGCAGCAGAGGACGGGAACGAACCAACUCCCACGCUGAGGGAAGUUAAGGAUGCCAUCCACCAGCUCAAAAACAACAAAGCGGCUGGUAAGGACGGUAUCGCAGCAGAACUCAUCAAGAUGGGCCCGGAAAAGUUGGCCACCUGUCUGCACCAGUUAGUAGUCAAGAUCUGGGAAACCGAACAGCUACCGGAGGAGUGGAAGGAAGGGAUAAUCUGUCCCAUCCACAAGAAAGGCGACAAGUUAAUGUGUGAGAACUUUCGAGCGAUCACCGUUUUGAAUGCCGCCUACAAAGUGCUAUCCCAGAUCAUCUUCCGUCGUCUUUCACCUAAAGUAAAUGAGUUCGUGGGAAGUUACCAAGCCGGUUUCAUCGACGGCCGGUCGACAACGGACCAGAUCUUCACCUCGUGCCUACUAUGGGCUCCAGAAGAAACUGCGGUCAAAAAAGAUUCACCCCCGCACCAAAUGUACCAUGUACAAGACGUUAAUAAGACCGGUGGUUCUCUACGGACACGAGACAUGGACGAUGCUCGAGGAGGACCUACAAGCACUCGGAGUUUUCGAGCGACGGGUGCUAAGGACGAUCUUCGGCGGUGUGCAGGAGAACGGUGUGUGGCGGAGAAGAAUGAACCACGAGCUCGCUGCACUUUACGGCGAACCCAGCAUCCAGAAGGUGGCCAAAGCCGGAAGGAUACGGUGGGCAGGGCAUGUUGCAAGAAUGCCGGACAACAACCCUGCAAAGCUGGUGUUUGCAACUGAUCCGGUUGGCACAAGAAGGCGUGGAGCGCAGAGAGCACGAUGGGCGGACCAGGUGGAGCGUGAUCUGGCGAGUGUUGGGCGUGGCCGAGGAUGGAGAGCUGCAGCUGCAAAUCGAGUAUUAUGGCGGCAAAUUGUUGAUUCAGUAUUAUCAUGAAUUUGAUGUGAACUAAAUAAAUGAAUGAAUGAAAUGAA